AUGUGUUUUUUAAUUAAAAUUUUUUUAAAUCUAAUUUUUAAGUCUUCUAUUUAUUUUAUUUGUUUGAAUAUGACCUCAAUUGAAAUCGAAGCAGCAGAUGUUGUCCGUCUAGUUGAGCAAUAUCUAAAAGAGAACAAUCUACACAGAACCUUGGCAACUUUGCAGGAUGAGACGAAUAUAACGCUUAAUACAGUUGACAGCAUCGACCAAUUUUCCCACGAUAUAACUAACGGACAUUGGGAUACAGUGCUUAAACAAAUACAGCCUUUGAAAUUGCCUGCUAAAAAAUUGAUUGAUUUAUAUGAACAGAUAAUCAUUGAAUUGGUUGAAUUACGAGAAUUAGGCUCUGCUCGACUUAUUCUAAAGCAGACUGACCCAAUGGCUUUACUUCGUCAAAUGGACCCUGAAAGGCAUACAAAAUUGGAGAAUUUGGUUGCAAAAACUUAUUUUGAUCCAAGAGAGGCUUAUGCUGAAGGGGGGUCGAAAGAGAAAAGGAGAACUGCUAUAGCACAGUCUCUCUUUGCCGAAGUUCACGUAGUCCCACCUUCUCGUCUACUUUCUUUACUUGCUCAAGCAUUAAAAUGGCAACAACAUCAAGGGCUUUUACCCCCUGGAACUCAAAUUGAUUUAUUUAGAGGGAAAGCAGCUGUUAGGGAACAAGAAGAUGAAAGACACCCAACAACGCUAGCACGAACAAUGAAAUUUGGCUCGAAAAAUUAUCCAGAAUCUGCACAGUUUAGUCCGGAUGGGCAAUAUUUGGUGACAGGGUCAGCAGAUGGCUUUAUUGAAGUUUGGAAUUUUUCAACCGGAAAAUUAAGAAAGGAUUUAAAAUAUCAAGCACAAGAUAAUUUUAUGAUGAUGGAUACAGCAAUACUUUGUUUAGCUUUUAGUAGGGAUUCUGAAAUGCUUAUAACUGGCUCUAAAGAAGGAAAAAUAAAGAUUUGGAAAAUCCAAACAGGACAGUGUUUAAGGAGAUUUGAAAAUGCACAUUCUGAAGGUGUCACAAGUGUUUCAUUUUCAAGGGAUUCAAGUUAUGUUUUGUCGUCUUCUUUUGAUAAAUUAAUUAGAAUUCAUGGUAUGAAAAGUGGAAAGUGUUUAAAAGAAUUGAGAGGACAUACUUCUUAUGUUACUGAUGUUAAAUAUACUGAAGAUUGUCAUCAAUGUGUGAGUGGAUGUGCUGAUGGAACUGUUAAAGUUUGGAAUUUAAAAUCAAUGGAGUGCAUUAACACAUUUCGUGUCCAACAAGAAAUCCCAGUAAUGAGUGUCCAUUUACUUCCAAAAUCAAACGAUCAAUUUCUCAUUUGUAACAGAAGUAAUACAAUAUAUGUUUGUAAUUUACAGGGGCAGGUAGUAAAAACCCUAACUAGCGGAAAACGAGAAAAAGGCGAUUUUAUUGCUGCUUGUCCUUCCCCAGAAGCAGAAUGGAUUUAUUGUGUUGGAGAAGACCGUGUACUUUACUGUUUUUCUAUGAUUAGCGGCCAACUUGAAAGCACAAUAGCGAUACACGAAGCAACAGUAAUUGGAAUAGCCCAUCACCCGCAUCAAAAUUUAGUGGCCACAUAUGCAGAAGAUGCACUCCUUAAGCUAUGGAAGGCUGUUUGA